AUGUGUGUGUAUAUAUAUAAAUACAAGGCCUAGCAACAUCCAAGACACAACUCAGCUCUUAAAUAAAGUUUUUGGUUUAACCAAAAAAAAAAAAAUCUUACCAACUAAAAUGGCAGCAAGUCCAUUUUCAAUGAGGACCAUCAAGGUUCGAUCAUGGCAGCGAUGUUCGAAACAGAUUAGAGAGCAGCGAGCAAGGCUGUAUAUUAUAUGGAGGUGCACGGUGUUACUUCUAUGUUGGCAUGACUAGUGGGAAGAGUUCUUGGAGCUGGGAAGAAGAUGAACUGGAUUCUGGAGAGUUAAAACAAGCUCCUUGGUUGGUUUUCUUUUUUUGUUUCAAAAAAAAAAUUUCUUUUUAAUAGAUGGAUGGAUUGUCAGUGUACAGUUUACAGACAUGAAUGAAUUACAGCUUCAAUCGGGUAGGAGAUGAAGAAAUUAGGUGAGGGUGUACAACAUGUAUAGAUAACUUUGUAUAAUAGAGAGAAAGAAGCUCAUCAAAUGAAUGAUGACUUCUAAUUAACAGAUGAACAGCUUCUUGAUUUUUCUUAUUAAGAUUACCGAAAAUUUUCUGGUGAAUAAAGGCAUUUGAUGAGAGAGUGUUAUUAUAAAGUAAAAGUUCAUUCAACAAA